CACAUGGGAACAGAGUGGAUCUGGCCGGAGUUGCGGCUAUUCGAAUGUUAAUAGAUUUUUUUCUGUCUUAAAUGCCUCAUAAACACAUAGAAGCAAUGUUUUUCUUAACCCAAAACUAGACCAAACAAAAUGUUGAACCAGUUCAAUCGAACGGUUCAGUUAGAAAUCUCUUUCCCUCGUGUUAUUGGGCCUGUAACUAUGUUUGGGCUUAUAAAGAAGCCCGCUUCAAAUUAGCGUUUCACCCUCACUUCACUUUCCGGUUCCACCAUAAACACAAAAAAAAUCUCCGACCAAAAAUUGGGGAACGACGAUGGCGACGACUCUCCAGAAACUCUCCUCUCAAAUCCACCGUCUCUCUCCAUUCACCAGAUCCCUAAUCGUUCGCACCUCCGCCACAUCUGCUCCUUCUCCGUCGCUGGGAUCUAAGAAAGUCUCCGACCGAAUCGUCAAGCUUUCUGCGAUCGAUCCCGAUGGAUACAAGCAGGACAUCAUUGGACUUUCCGGCCAGACUCUUCUGCGUGCGCUCACUCACACUGGUCUGAUCGAUCCAGCAUCUCAUAGAUUGGAUGACAUCGAGGCUUGCUCAGCGGAGUGCGAGGUUCAGAUCGCAGAGGAAUGGCUCGAGAAGCUCCCGCCGCGCACCUACGACGAGGAGUAUGUGCUGAAGCGUAGCUCUAGAUCCCGUAUCCUGAACAAACACUCGCGUCUUGGUUGCCAAGUUGUGUUAACGCAGGAGCUUCAAGGUAUGGUCGUCGCUGUCCCUGAAGCUAAGCCUUGGGAUAUUCCAUAAGUUUUUUUUUUUCGUGAGGAUCUCAUAAAUGUUGGGCUCGUUCUCAAAUUGGCUAAUAAAAUUCGCUUUGGAAAUUUCGGUACUCUGCAGAUAACUCCAUUUGAAUCUGUAAUUUCGUUUCCUUACUUUAAAUUUUUGUAAUGUGGUAAAGAACUUUGCUUGUUUAAACCAUUUCCCUGCUUCAAGUAUGGGUGAAUGUUGCUUUCUUGAUUUCA